AUUUCAUAAGAGACCUGAACAGGAAUGAUCCAUUGAAGAAUUCCUGGAUUUUCCCGUUAGACUUACUCAACAAGGAAGAAGAUGGUGUUCUUGCUGAGAAGGACUCGGAAAGUCCUGCCUUGUGUAAUAAACUUCAGAAAGGUUCUUGGUUCCUGCUUGGUCGCAGGCAGGAGAUGCCAGCUGUGCCACACUGGCCAGGCUUCAGCUACCGACAGCCCUGUGAGAGAGGAAGCAUCUUACCCGCUGUACCCGGGCCACAUCCCGACCAGCCCUCUGCAGAAAGCCCUGCUGAUGGUUGGCUCAGCGUUUAUGGCACUCUACGAUCCUUACCGGCAUGAUAUGGUGGCUGUUCUUGGGGAGACGACAGGCUACCUCGCUCUGCAGACACUCCGGGAGAGGAUGCGGAACGACCCUGAGGGACAACAGAUCCUACAAGAGCGACCUCGGAUACGUCUUUCCACACUGGAUAUCACUGGGCUCCGGGCACUUCCGGAAGGGACACUUGGCCGGGAAUAUGUUCGCUUUUUGGAUGACAACAGGGUUUCUCCAGACACGAGGAUGCCGACCAAGUUUGUAGACGACGAGGAGCUGGCCUAUUUGGUCCAGCGCUACCGAGAAGUCCAUGAUCUGAUGCACACGCUCCUUGGCAUGCCUACCAACAUGUUAGGGGAGGUCGCAGUAAAAUGGUUUGAGGCUGUCCAGACUGGCCUGCCCAUGUGCAUUCUGGGAGCAGUUGUUGGCCCUGUUCGUCUUAAUACCCGGAAACUUUCCAUCCUAGCCACUGAUCUUAUCCCAUGGGCUGUUCAGAGCGGAAGUAAUGCCAGCUGCAUCCUAAAUUUCUAUUACGAGAACCGCUGGGAGCAAACAGUGGAAUCUCUCCGCAACGAAAUCGGGAUCCUGCCGCCUCCCGUGACUGGGGUGUGAAUCCAUGCCAGGAAAAAGAAAAACGAGUGGACACGAUGGCCCUCCGAAAGACAGUGGUUUGAAUCCUGACAUGUUAAAUACUCCUUGCUUUCGAUGCACUGGAGCAUCGAUGGGCUAUCCAGUUUGAGAGACAAAUCAAGUGGUACUGAUCUGCUCAAAAAAUGACCGAAUUCCCCCCAUAAGAGGAUGUCUACCUCAUACCACUUCUUAAUGUAUUAGUUCUAAGCAAAUUACUGAAAUAUAGAAAAAGCUGGACCCCAUUUGAACAGCUGCGAAAAUCUGACAGAUGCCUAAAAUUUCAGAGCUAAAGGAGUGAUAGGUCUUGCUGUUAUCUUCUAAUAAAAGAGGCAAUGUCUCUGUAUGAUCUAUAUUUUGGAGCAAAGGAAGAAUUAAAUGAUUUCUAGGCUCAGAAAAGUAAUUACAUUCAAAGGUCAUGUGACACAGGGUGUCUACAGUAUAUGCACCACAGUCACAUACUCCAUCAGAGGAUGGUAUUUUAAGAUACCUCCAGGGCUAUUUUUGGGCAGGA